AUGAACAUGGAUGACUGUAUAAAAUUGACUUCAUGGAGAAGUGCAAAUGAUCCGAGAACGGGAAACUUUACGUUCGAACUAGAUGAAGAACUCAGGAAAGGAAAUAUUUAUGUCACCCGGAAAAGAACGACGACAUGUUGGAAAAGUGGAGAUUCAGGUAGAUUCGGCAGCUCCAACGAAUUGCCCUUUGCAGGAGCUUAUUUGCUCUCAAAUUUUAGCAAGAAUGUGUAUUAUUGUUAUAAAUCUAUUAAGGUUAGAGUACCCUCUUACAAUAAUAUGAGGCUGUUGAUGAACUCGUUUGGCGAGAUACAAUAUUUCAGUUGGAGUAACGAUAACAAUAACGGGUGGUCGUUGAUAUGGUCAGAGACCCACGACCAUUGUAGUAUUUAUAAUGCUUGUGGCAGAUUUGGGAGCUGCAAUAGCCAGAAUGGGACAGUGUGCAAGUGUGUGGCAGGGUUUGAGCCUGCUUCGCCUGAAAACUGGUUUGCGGGAGAUUUUAAAAGUGGGUGUACUCGGAAAUCUAAAAUAUGCAACAACAAAGAGGAGAGUGAUAUUUUUGUCAACUUGAAGAAGAUGAAGGUUGGGAAUCCAGACACGCAAUACGAGGCUGCGGAUAGUGAGAAGGCUUGUAGAGAUGAGUGCCUUGGCAAUUGUCUUUGCCAGGCGUAUACUUAUAAUCCAGACGAUGAUACAAGAAGGGGAAAAUUUACAGUAAGGGACUGUGAGCCUUGUGGUAACAAUAUAAUACCCUAUCCCCUAAGCACUGGGCCAACAUGUGUUGAUCCUCUGUACUACAGCUUCUAUUGUGAUGACUCCACCGGCCAGGUUCUCUUCCGGGCAGUUAGCGGCAACUAUCUGGAAGAGACUGGGAGAGAAGGUGCUUUUGCAACCCGGACUUUAUGUGGGAUGGCUUCAAUUUGA